UGUGACAUGUGCAACCAAGUAGCCAGCCUAUAAAUAUCAAGACUGAAAACCAUGUCUGAAUAAGACAGCAGAACACAUCCAUUCAACAGCAAAAUGCCUUGUUUGGUGCGCUGCUCAGUGCUCUUCAUCUUACUCACAUUUGGGUGUCACUGUUGGGCUCUGAAGUAUAAUGGAGUCAACGUGUGUGCCUACUUUACACCAACCAUCACAGUCACUUUUGUCACCACAAAUACCAGUGAGAUUUUUUCAGGUGAAGACUAUUUUGGUAAUGAAUACUCUGCAAGUGCCAGUGACAGCACAAGCACAGUUCAGUAUGUCGAAGUGUGGAAUAUUCAGUAUGUCUGCUGUGAGGGCUGGUUACCUAAUGGCUACGAAUGUACAAUCCCAUACUGCAAUGAAACCUGUUUGAAUGGCGGUACUUGCAUUGCACCAAAUAAUUGCAGCUGCUCAUCUGGUUACACUGGGGAGCAAUGUGAGACUGAUAUUAAUGAAUGUCUUGGCAGUAACCUCUGCCAGCAGCAGUGUGUCAACGUCCCUGGCACUUACAAGUGCAAUUGCAGUGCAGGUUAUGUUCUCGAAGCCAAUGGGUUUUCUUGUGUUGCACAAUCGGAAUCGGUCUGCAAUACACCUGCUAAUAACUGUGAACAGCUAUGCUAUGAAUCCAAUGGGGGAUUCAGCUGUGCCUGCAAGCAAGACUUCACCUUGAACAGUGACAACAGGACAUGCAACAAAAUAGUUUAUGAUCCUUGUAAUCCCACCAGAUGUGAACAAAAUUGUACUACAGUUGGAGGAAAGCCCACCUGCUUCUGCCAACCAGGCUACAUGCUGAUCUCUGAUGGCUACACCUGUCAACCCUUGUGUUUACAGGGGUGUGAAAAUGGAGGUUGGUGUAGCAGUCCAGGUGUGUGCAGCUGCCCCCCUAACUGGGAGGGAGACUCAUGUGAAAACGCACUUUGUGGCAAUUGUGAGAAUGGAAACUGUGUGACUCCAAAUCAUUGUGCCUGCAACUCUGGCUGGACAGGCCCUCAGUGUAACCAAGACAUAAAUGAAUGCCUUGACAACAAUGGUCAGUGUCAGCAAAUCUGCAUUAACGUCCCAGGAUCCUAUAUGUGUGAGUGCAACAACGGCUACGUCCCAUCGCCAACAAACCAGUGGAGCUGUACAGAAAACAUAAACCAAGUAUCAUAUGUUACUGGAGCCAUAGUUGGAAUCAUUGCUGUUUUCCUCUUUGUGUUGUUCCUGAUGUUUACUGGUUGGCUCAUUUACAAGUGGAAAGUUAAGAAGCUCAAGAAACCAGAUAACACCAAAGCUCUGCAAAUUGAAAACCAGUACUACGCGAAUGAGGAAUCAAAGAAAGCAUGAUUACACAAUACACAGCACAUCUGUUUUUGAAGAAACUCCAGAAUUGAAUUGAAUUUCAUGCACCUGCUAAGCACAAAUACACCCAAGGUGUUCCUCUUACACCAAAUCGGUUUCACUGUCUACUUGGCUGCCUUAAGUGCACUAACACUCCUGAGAUUGCAACGCUCUUUUCUGAAGAAGUCAAACAGAGUACAGGCACCUGAGCAGAACUGUUUGCUAAAAUGUUCAUCUGUUUUUAUCCAAUGCAAAGCUUCUAAUGAUUUAAUAAAUGCAAACUUUUUUGUGUCUUAAAUAAAGUAAUCAUGGUUCUUGGUUCAAACCCAUUCAUUCAA